UACGACAUAAAAAGAAACUUCCAUAUUGCACUUUAGUCAUAAUUUAUUCGAUUUGUGUCACAUUCUUGCUGCUCUUUUUAAAUUUGGGGUGGUGCUUUUAUCAUAAAGAGUACGAAUAUGGGUCACGAGUCCUGUGAACUCAUAGGGUGAAGGGAAAGUCAUCCAAUUAUACGAUUUCCGGGUGAAGUCGCUACGAUUUUCGAAAGUUUAGCAUAAUUUUGCUUUCGUUUUUUUCUGUUUUAAAUUUAUUAUUAACGCGUAAUUAGGUUCUGCAUCCGAAUGCUUAACUCGUAGCUAAUCUACAAAUGGGAUUUGAAAGCUUACCGAAUCCAGAAAAUAACACCUGCUGUCCUGAUACGCGCAUGAAAUGACAAGAAGGUGUCAUACCAUCUCUUCAGUAUCUUCCUCAUGACCCAUUUACUCUUCCAGUUACCUGAUUGGCUCUUCGGUGCUUUAUGGAAAUCCUUUCUCCGGCUAUAAAAAUGUAUUUAGCUUCCCAAGUUGCACGAAAAGUGGACAAAAUUUGACCCGAAACAUGAAAGUGCUUUUGAUAUUGUUAAUUGCUGUCAGUUUAGCUUUGACAACAAAGCUAAGGAGAAAAAGACAAGCAUACGAACUCCCUGACGGCGCACAUUUAUUAAUUGGUUCGAUCAGAACAAAUUUCUUUUGCGAUAAAGAUGGUUAUUUUGCUGAUGUAGAAAAUCAUUGUCAAAUUUUCCACGUUUGCCAUACAUCAUUCGAAGAAGGGAAAGAGCCAAGAACUCGACAGUGGAGUUUUAUUUGUGGAAAUCAAACAAUAUUUGACCAAUUAACUCAAACAUGUGCUUUCCCAGAAGAUGCGGUUCUUUGCGAAAGAGCACCAGAAUUUUUUUAUCUGAAUGAAAGAAUUGGAGACCCAAAUGCAUUAUUCUUAACAGAUCAAGAUAUAGUAAGAGCGGAAGCAGCAAAAGCUGACCGACCAUUUCAACCUCCACCGCCACCUCCAAGGAUUCCACCGCCAAGACGACCAGGAUUUCAGGGAUAAAAUUUAAAAAUUUAUAUUAAAAAUUCGGUGAUGGCAUUUUCCCAUUAUAAUAUAAUAUUAUCUAGCUAUUGAGCAAUUGUAAACUUUGA